AACUUUUCCAAAGGCUCGAGAUGUACUCCAACGUCCUGUCUUUGGGUUUGGCAUGAAAUCACAGUAAAACGUGCGCGCAGAACUUUUAUAAGGGGGGCGGGGGAGGUGAGAUAGUCGUAAAGAGAUCAAAUGAUUACGACGUAAAUUCUCUAUGACGCAAAUACUCUUUCUGACGUCGGAUAGUCUUCAGAGUAAAGCGUCAGGGCAACAUUCUUAUUGAUCGCGUGAUUCAUAUUUAUGACACUUAGAGGAUGGUAGAAUAGGUGGUGUCGUAAUUAUCAUUUAACGAGGUAUAAUCAAGGGUUGAAAACGCUGAAAGAUAGGGCUUCGUUUUAUUGAUCAUAUCAUGUUUACCGAUGACAGUCAGAGGUUGGUAGUAACACGCUACAUUUCCUCCGUUACAGCUACUCAUUACAUACUACAUGCCGUUCGCAACUUUCAUCUAUCAAAAAUUGUGGUGAGUGAACUAUAUUUAGACUUUCGUUUGGACUUCCACAUCAGGUGCCGUUGCUCCAAUCCGCCGUGAGUGGCGUGUCAGUCAGCUUCACCAAUCAAACAAAGGAAAAAAAAAGUCACAUGUCCCCUCACAAAGUCUUGAUUAGGUUCGCGGGCCAAUCAAAGUGAGUUGUGAUAGCCGCGAGAACACGACUGACGACGAAAAACGUUUAAUGUUCAGUAUCGUUUUUGCCAUUGCCCAAAUUUGAAUAUAUUUCCAUUUGAAUAUUUCUCGCUACUUCCAACAUGAGGAAACAUCUUACGUGCAGGCCUCCAUCUUUCUAACCAUUCCUUCAAUGUCAUCUGCGAACAUCAUGGUCCAAGUGGAUUCUGGUCUAACCUCCUCUGUCAGCCUAUCCAUUGCCACAGACUGUCAUCGGACAUCUCUUCACAUUCAGCGCCUGGAAGUUGAAGGGUUUCCAUUUUUAUCACCAUCAUUGAUCAGGGGCGUUGGUGAGAACCUACCUUUAUUUAGAAUGCAGGACAACAAAAGCAGCAACAAACCUCGUGGAGUUAAAGCUGCGCAUCUUCUUCAAGAUGAGAGGACAGUGAUACAGAAGAAAACCUUCAGCAGGUGGAUGAAUGUGUUUUUGCAGAGAUCUGACCAUCUGGUCAAAGUGAAUGACCUGUUCAUGGAGAUCCAAGAUGGAUGGAUACUAAUGGCCGCACUGGAAGAGCUGUCUGGGUGCAAACUAGUUUACAGGCUGAGGUCAUCAACUCACCGUAUGUUAAAAUUAAGCAACAUCUCCAAGGUCCUUGCUUUCCUGAAUGAGAGACAGGUGAAACUGUUUGGCAUUGAUGCUGCUGGUAUUGUUGAUGGCAUUCCCUCGGUAGUUCUGAAUCUUAUUUGGAGUAUCAUACUCCAUUUUCAGGUUAAAGAGGUGACGGCAGAAUUCCAGAAGGAUUUGUCUCCAAGCCGCUCUUCGGCCUCGGUGAGCAGUUACCCCUCAUCCGCUGACUUUUCAACUUGGUUAGAUGAUGGCGACAACUACUGCAGCAGCACUCUGCCAAACAAAUGCAGAAAUGCUCUCAAAGAUCCAAAGCACAACAGGAAUGCAAUCAAAUCCCUUCUUCUACGAGUUCAAAGAUGCACCUCAAAGUUUGGGAUAGAAGUGCAUGAUUUUGGGAAGAGUUGGAGAAGCGGCCUGGCAUUCUUAGCACUGAUUAAGUCUGUAAACCCAACUUUGGUUGACCUGAAGGAGAGUCUGUCCAUGGAGCCAAGAGAAUGCAUUGAGCAGGCUUUUACGAUAGCCCAUCGUUAUUUCGAUAUGCCAACUUUACUUGACGCUCAAGAUGUGGCUCGCAACUCACCAGAUGAGCAGUCCAUUAUUACCUACGUGUCCAUGUUCAUGGGACGUUGUUCACAAAUUGAAAAGGUUCAAACUUCACUUGUCGAAGAUAACAUCCCUCACAUUCCAAAUUUUGGAUCAAUUGCACCACCCACCUUUGGCGGGACCGUGGAUCCUGCAGCCCGAAAUUUGUUGGAAUCUCUCAAGAGGAGCAGUGAGCAGGACCUUUGGAAACGUUGGGCCAGAAAAUCUUCAGGAAGCUUUCGUGAGAACUCUUCCAACAGAAAAGCCUUUGACAACUCCACUGUCUCAUCAUGUCACGGUUGUAACAUUGCAAAACAUCAGUCACAGGAAGCCUCACAAAUAAAUGGAAAGAGUGCUGGAUCGACCUUACAGCCCCAACAUCCUCUGGAGGCGGGAGGUGUCAGUCAGGAGAUCCGAUCCUGGAUGGAGAAAGGCUCCAAGGAUCGCGGUUGCAGCAAAACACCAACACAUGAGGGUAAUUUCUCCAUGAGCUCUGAGGAGGGGAUUUAUAGCUUGUCAGCACUGGACUCAGAAGAGGAGGAUGACUGCAGCCUCAUAACUGACCUUAGCAAAGAUGUUUUUCUUCCAUAUGCUCAGCUGCGAAAGUUGGUCCCAAAUGUUGUAGAAGAAGAAGAAGAAGAAGAAGAAGAUGUGAUCCUGAAGGCAGAAAAGUCCAAACAUCUGAAAGACUCUGACUUCUUGGUUUCCUCUGCUCAUGAUGUGAAAAGGGAAAGGGGGAGAGCCGUUACUCGACAGAACAAUGUUCAGGCCAAUUACAGUGAAGAAAAGGAGGCAGAACCUCAGAUCGGAAAUCCGAAAUUGAAAAAUGACACAGGUGUGGGUCUUAAAGGUUCCCAUUUCAGCAAGGAAGGAUUCUUUCUUCAAUUUUCUGCUGCCUCUUGUGACGUAAGCCCAUUAGAGGUGGAAUUGCUCCUGUUGCUGUGGCUCCUACUCUACUGCUGCCUCAUUGUGUCUCAAAUGAGCCUUUGAAUUACCCGCUGGUACACCCUCCUUAUUAAAAUGUAUACCAUUUCCACAGGCCAAAUCAGGCAUUUGGGGCUGGUGAUGACUCUUCUGUAUCUGUGUCACACAAUUUCCCUCCAAGACAACAUUUAAUGACUGUUUGGCUGUUGCACUCCCAACAGAUGUUAAACAUCACACAGCUCUCAUUAUAAUUAUUUAGAUUUGCUUGUUUUGAUAAUCGCUACUUACAGUAUAAAAUAUAUCCAUGAUGUUUUUACUUUUUCAAAUCUUGCUCUUGGGGCAUAGUGGAAUCUGCUGAGCACGUCUGAUCUGUCAAAGGUCAAGGGUUGGAAUCUUGAAUGGAUACCAAAUACAUGCAAGUUAGUUUAACUGAAGACUUUUAACUGCCCAUACAAGUUUGAAUGUGGAUGUGAAAGGUUGUCAUCUAUAUGGGAGGAGUCCAGGGUGCAGCCUGCCUCUUGGCCCAACUCAGCUGGGACAGGCUCCAGCUAUUCCAAGACAUGGUACAAAAUGGAUGGCUUGAAAUAGUUUUUUGACUUAUAGCAUGAAGAGCUGUUAAGUUUGAGUCCAUCCUCACGUUGGCAUCACUCUUGCUAUUUUCAGUUUUCCCACGUGGUGGCACUGCAACAUCAAAUACUGUGCACAGCCACCCUAAUCAUGACGCGUUGACGCUGCAUCACAUUUGCUGCUCAGAAUCUCAGUUUACCUGUUGUAUAAUUAUGAACUGCACCGACGUGAUGAGAUCAAUUUGAUCAUAC